AUGGGGCCGCAAAACAAAAUUCAAUGGCUGCCAAAUACAAAUAUACAUUUACUGUCUGCCAACGCUGUUUGUCGACCCGUGAAAAGUCAGUGCCCACCCACUAUCGCUAAUGAUGACGACGACAACCAUAGCGAAACUUCGAAGCACAAGCAUCAGCAUCCGUCACCGUUAUUUCAGACACUGGGAGACAGUGAAUGUGGAAGUGUCUAA